UGCUUCCCCCCAGACUUAAAACUCCACCGCCGCAGCCAAGUGGGCGCUCCGCUCCAACACUCCGGGGCCCAUGCGCCCCUUCCCCGUCUCCCACGCUCGCCCCGCCGCCUCUCCCGCCGCCCUCCCCCUGCCCUGAUCCAGCCGGGACCCCCCAACCCUCACCCAGGCAUGGGCUCUUCCCACUCGAUCCCCGAGGAGACCCGCGAACUCGCCCACAAGACCGGCUUCACUACGGAUCAAAUUGAGAAUCUGCACAGGCGAUUUAAGCAGCUGAGCGGAGACCAGCCAACCAUCCGCAAGGAGAACUUUGAUCGUGUUCCUGACUUGGAAUUCAACCCAAUUCGGUCAAAAAUUGUCCAAGCCUUUUUUGACAAGAGGAAUCUGCGGGCAGCCUCGGAAGGUUUUGUGGACGAAAUCAACUUCGAGGAUUUUCUGACCAUCAUGUCCAACUUCCGCCCCAUCGAGCUGAACAUGGAUGAGGAGCAACAGGAGCGCUUCAGGAAGCAGAAGUUGAAAUUCCUCUUCCACAUGUAUGAUGGAGACAGUGAUGGCAAGAUCACCUUACAGGAAUACAGGAAUGUGGUACAACAGAUGCUCUCAGGAAACCCCCACCUGGAUAAGGAAUCCGCGAGAUCCAUAGCAGACGGAGCCAUGAUGGAGGCCGCUAGCAUCUGCGUGGGACAAAUGGAGCCGGACCAAGUCUACGAAGGGAUCACAUUUGAUGAUUUCCUGAAGAUAUGGGAAGGCAUCGACAUAGAGACCAAGAUGCACGUUCGCUUCCUCACGCUGGAACCCAUGGCGCUCUGCUACUGACGGCGGCGAAGUAGCUGCAACCGGGUGGUUGGGAGGCUUUGGAGGUGGGUGGGAGGGCCACGUGUCUGAUGGGGCAGCUGCCACGGAUCCAUGAAGUCCAGACCCAUCUGGACCAGCCACAUGGAUUCCCACCUUGAAGACCAACCUUCUGGCCUCCAGUAAAAGGACCUCAGUUC